AUGAAAAAUAAAUUACUAGAGGAAACAGAAAAGCUAAUGAAAGAAAAAAUUGAAGUACAGCGUCAAGCUGAAAAAGAAUAUGAUGACCUUCAGAAGCAAGUGAAAAUCUUGGAAAUAGACUUGGAGGAACAAGUCAAUCGUUUCAUAGAGCUAGAGCAAGAAAAAAAUGCCGAGCUUAUGGACUUAAGGCAGCAAAAUCAGGCUUUGGAGAAGCAACUUGAGAAAACAAGAAAAUUUCUAGAUGAGCAAGCAGUUGACAGAGAGCAUGAGAGAGAUGUGUUCCAGCAAGAGAUACAGAAGUUGGAACAACAGCUGAAGGUUCCACAAAGGAGUCAGCCUGUCAAUGAACAUCAAAGCAGAGAGGUUGAACAAUUAACAAAUCAUUUAAAAGAAAAAACAGACAAGUGCAGCGAGCUUUUGCUUUCUAAGGAGCAACUUCAGAGAGAUAUACAGGAACGAAAUGAAGAAAUUGAGAAAUUAGAAUGCAGAAUAAGAGAACUGGAACAAGCUUUAAUCAUCAGCGCAGAUAACUUGCAAAAGGCGGAGGAAAGGAAACAAUUUGGCACCAUUUUUGUAAAAGGAGAAUUACCUCUUGAAAUACAACUGCAAGCUGAACGAGAAGCUGUGGACAGAAAAGAAAAGGAGGUCACAAACCUUGAAGAACAACUGGAGCAAUUUCGAGAGGAGUUAGAAAAUAAAAAUGAAGAAGUUCAGCAGUUGCACAUGCAACUAGAAAUUCAGCGGAAGGAGUCUACUACACACUUGCAAGAGCUUGAACAAGAGAACAAGUUAUUUAAGGAUGAAAUGAAAAUACUGGGACUAGCUAUCCAGAAAUCUGAAGAUGCCACCAUAAAGGACCAUCACUUAGUGGCUGGGAAACUCGCUCACAUCAUGCAAGAAAAGGAGCAAGAAAUAGAUAAUCUUCAUGAACAAAUUGCAAAACUGCAACAGCAACUUGAAGGCACAACUGACAACAAAAUUUUUGAAGAACAAAAUGAGCAUAUACGGGAGCUUGAAGCCCAAGUAGAAUGUCUAAAAAGUGAUCAAGAACGUGUGAAGAAAAAGAAUGAUGAGGAAAUAGAACAGUUGAACGAUGUAAUUGAUAAGCUUCAACAAGAACUGGCAAAUAUUGAACAAAUACCUGCAGAUAUCACUGCUUUUCACGAGGAUGCUGACAGUCUGAAACACACGCUUGAAACAGUUCUGGCAGAAAAAGAGGCUUUGCAGAAGCAAGUAGAAAGUAUUAAUUUAGAGGCAUCUCAAACAAAGAAUGAGCUUGAGGAAACUAAGUUAGAAAUGAACCAGCUAAAACAAGAAAUGAACAUUUUAAGAAAAGAACAUGAAGAAGUAACAGAGAAGUAUAACUGUGUACUGAUUAAAGGUGAUAGGGAAAAAACAGAAGUUGGGAGCAACAAGAAAACUGAGAAAGUGGAUGAAGUCUCAUGUGAGUUGACAGAACUGCUAGAUCAAACCCAGCUCAGGUCUUCAGAUGAAAAUACAAGGAUCGCCAUUAGCAAGAUGGAGGUGCAGCUGCAGCAGCUUCAGGCAUGCAUUAAGAAGAAAGAUUCAGAACUGUGUCAGUCCCACAAUGAAAUAAAAGAUCUGAAAGAACAAGGAAAAGCUGAAAGAGAAAUGCUUGGGAAUAAGAUAUUAGAACUAGAGAAAACACUGGUGGAAAAAGUCGCAGCUGCUCUCGUGAGUCAGGUUCAGCUAAAUGCAGUCCAAGAACAAGGGAAAUUCUUGCGAGAAAUUGAGGAAACUUCAAAAUGUCUGGAGGAAGUAAACAAGCAUCCCCAAACAGAGGGUGUGAGUGAUAUUACUGAAAAUGAGGUAGAGUCAGAAUUAUCACUCUUAACACAGAGGCUUAGAGAUGUGGAGGAACAGCUGGCAAAGACAAAUUAUAGCUUGGAGCAAGAAAAAGAAAACGUAAAAGUUACACAACAGGAAUCCAAACUGAAAGAACAGAGGCUAAUGGAACUUCAGCAAUUACUAGAAGAGGUUCAAGAGAAACACAGAAGUGAGAUUCAGAAAUACAUUAAGCAAGAAGAAAUGCAGACAUAUCUGGUAGGAGCACAACUCACAGAGAGACAAAAUGAUAAUGCACUUUCUAAUGAACUUGAACUAGAGAAAGUUAAAGAAGAAGCAGCUGCUGCUAAGGAAGAACUGAGCAGUUGCAGAGAAGAGACAGAAAAACUUCACAAGGAACUAUCAGUAAAAGAAGCAAAUCUGGUACGCCUUCAGGAAGAUCUGUGCAAAGUCAAAGAGAAGCUAGUUCAAGUAGAAGAGAAACUUGCAAAUUAUGUGAGACUGGAAAAGGACAUGGCAAAAACUGAAAGCAGAAAAGAUGCAGAAAUACUGUGUGAUUUGCUAACCGGCAAGUCUGCUCUAACUGGGAAAACCACAUCUUCACAGACAGACAAGACUGUGAAUGUCAGCAGCUAUAUCCAGACUUCACCGGUCCUUGUAAAAAAUGCAGAAAUUCAAAUUGACUUGCAAAGUGCCUGCUCUUCUGAAGAGAUUGCAGAGAUCAUAAGAGAAUUUAAUGAAAAAAUUGAGCAAAUGCAAGAACUCCAUGCUGCUGAAAUCAUGGACAUGGAAACAAGGCAUAUCUCCGAAUCUGAAACAUUAAAGAGAGAGAAGUUUGUUGCAGUACAAGUAUUAACUGAUGAAUGUAAUGCUUUAAAAGAAGUCAUAGAGAGUCUACGAGCUAAAGAAGGAAUCCCGAUUUCUGGAUUAGUACGUUCUCCACCAUAUCAAGCUAGAGAUGGGUGUUCUAGUGAUUCCAGUUCAGACUGGAGUCAAGGAAUGUAUCUUGCUCAGACCCAAGGAUCUGACACAAUUUCAGAAGGACCAGAUGAAGGUGAAACUUCAACAGAUUUGCUUCCUCAAAAAAUUAAGGGUUUGCUGAGAGCAGUCCAUCGUGAAGGCGUACAGGUGCUGUCUCUCACUGAAUUUCCAUAUGGUGAAAGGGAAAUGCCAGCUCUUAAGCAAGGGCCAGAAUCUUGGCUUGAGGAGAGGAAAGCCUUUCUAAGCACCAUCUCGUCUUUGAAAGACCUGAUUUCAAAAAUGCAACUUCACAGAGAAGCUGAGAUUUAUGCAAGUUCUGAACCUCUUGAAGGCGACUCAGACUGGCGAGGAGAACUCCUGUGUGCCAUUCAGCAGGUUUUUGUGAGGGAACAAAAUGUUCUUCUUGCUGUGUUUCAAACUGAACUUGCAGAACUGGGCACAAGAGAUGCUGUGAUACUGAUGAGUCAGUUAGAGCACAGGCUACAAGAGCAGGCUAUUAACCAGAAAACUGCUAUGGACUGUCUUCAUGAUGCAGACAGAAGAAGUUUGCUAAUGGAGAUUCAAGUACUGCAUUCUCAGAUGAACAGUAUGAAAAAUAACCCAAAGAGAGAACAAGAAAUUGAUUCAAAAAGCCAAGAAAUACUGGAGUACAGCAUGCAGCAAAAGCAGUCACAGAUACUGGAGAUGCAAGUGGAGCUCCGGAGUAUGAAGGACAGAGUGGCUGAGCUUCAGGAACAGUUAAGUUCAGAGAGAAUGAUGAGUGCUGAACUGAAGAAUGAACUUGCCCAGGCCAAAUUAGAGCUUGAAACAACCCUGAAAGCACAGCACAAGCACUUCAAGGACCUAGAAACCAUCAGGACUGAAGUUAAAGAAAAAGCAGCUGAGCUGGAUGUUCUCAAGGAUACAAUGGCCAGUGAACAGAAGAAAUCAAGAGAGUUACAGUGGGCUUUGGAAAAGGAGAAAGCUAAAAUGGAACGCAGUGAGGAAAGACGAAGAGAAGAGCUUGAGGAUUUAAAAUUUUCACUUGAAGAUCAAAAACAAAAGAACUUACAGUUAAAUGAACUUUUGGAAGAAGAGAAACAACUGUCAAGUGAUCUGCAACAGAAAAUUGAAUCCCAAGAAGCACUCAAUGCUGCCCAGCUGUCACGUGAACGAGGCCGUAAUUCUGAGUUGCAGGUUCUUCUUGAAUCAGAGAAGGUUCGAGCUCUUGAAAUAAGCAGUGCACUAGAAAGGGAAAAAGAACUAUGUGCUCAGCUUCAAAGCUCUGAACAUAAGGGGCAAGCUGGAACACCUAAUCCAUCUGAGGAAUUACUUAAAGAGCUGCAGAAACAAAUGGAUGAAAAGCAUGACCGUAUAGUGGAGUUAGUGAGUGAGAUGGAGAAGUAUAAACUGGAAUCUGUGCAAGUGAGACAGCAAAUGGAAAAAGAGAGGCAAAUCCAGAGGAAAGCAUUACAAGCAGAACAAGAUGCUAACAUCACAGCACAGAAGAAACUCCAUGAACUGGAGUCCAAAGUAGAAGACCUUCAGUGGCAACUGGGACAAAAGGAGCAAGAGGUUCAUAAAUUAGGGAAUGAGACAAAGAAAUUGCAGGAAGUAAUCCAAGAACUACAGAUGAAGGAGCAGGAGAGUGAAGGGGAAAAGGAAGCUGAAAGAACACCAAGCCACAGUCAAAAUGAGACUACGUGGGAUACACCCAAUGAAAGAACAAGGAAUUGGGUUCUCCAGCAAAAAAUGGAAGGAGCUGAGACGAAUGAAUCAACGUACCCCACGUUGACAGGAGGAGCAGGAGACCUCUCUGCAGCUACUGGAAUUCUGGAGGCUGUCAGACAAAAGCUGCAAAGUGCAUCUCCAAAGCUAAAGCAAUUGGCUCAGAAGGCUGCUAGCAGGUUGCAAUUUGAAACAGCAGAUGAUCAGGACUUCAUCGCAAUACAAAAUGCUAUUGAAGAAGUUAUCUCAGAGCUACAAAAACUUCCUGGAGUGUCCUGUCUGGAAGAGCUGAAGUUGGCGCUGCCACCUGGGACCCCCUCCAGCUCCCUGACAGAGCGGCUGCUACGGCAGAAUGCCCAACUCACCGGCUUUGUCAGCAGGCUCAGUGAGGAGAAGAAUAAUUUGAGGAACGCUGUAAUGAAGCUGGAGGAAGAACUGAGGAGAUAUCAGCACAGACGUACUUCUGGAGAACACUCUUCUAAACACUCGUCAGACCUUGGAGUUAACAUCGAUACGCUGGUUGCCUCUGAGAAGGAAAACUGGAACAGAGAAAAGCUGUCACUGCAGAAAUCUUUGAAACAAGCAGAUGCAGAGCUGUCCAAGCUGAGAGCAGAACUCCGGAGUGAAGCUUUCCUCAGAGAGCUGGGAUCAGAUUCUGAAAAUGUUAUCUUAAGGAGAAUUUAUGGCAAAUACCUCCGAGCUGAAAGCUUCCGGAAAGCUCUCAUUUAUCAGAAGAAAUACUUGCUGCUGUUACUGGGUGGAUUCCAGGAGUGUGAAGAAGCCACGCUGGCCCUCAUUGCACGGAUGGGUGGGCAGCCCUCUUACACAGACCUUGAGAUCAUCACACAUCAUUCAAAGGGUUUUACAAGAUUUCGCUCUGCAGUCAGAGUGUCCAUUGCAAUUUCAAGAAUGAAGUUCCUGGUUCGUCGAUGGCACAGAGUUACGGGUUCUGGUAUCUUAAGCCUCAAUAGGGAUGUCUUUAGCCAGAACACAGGUAAUGAAUUGCGGCCUGACUCGUUCUCCAGUGGCAUGGAUCUCUAUGGAGAACAAAGGCAUUCCUAUAGAUCCCGAUCAGAUAUGGAGUCUCCCAGAUCUCCUAUAAACUUUCAACAAAAGUUCCACAGUAUGCAGGCUGACCUGAAUCCAAUCUCUUUCGCGUGUUCUCAGCUGCAGAACUAUGAUCCAGAAAGAGCUUUAACAGAUUACAUCCACCGCCUGGAGGCACUGCAAAGGCGGCUCGGAAGCGUGCAGUCAGCGUCCACCUCAUACACGCAGCUGCACUCUGCUAUGAGAAGAUAAUACCCUCUGCCCACCUCCAUCGCUGGCAGUGAUGUCAAUGGAUUGAUUGCCUUCUGUAAACCCGUGCUCUUUCUGUGCUUUCUAUAAUGUGUAUCUGGUGGGACCAAUACGAACACGGCUGUACGAUCCUAUACAGUUCCAUCCUGGCACACCCAUGCAGACUGGGAUUAUGGGAGAUCUAUGUAUAUAGGCACUUUGUGUUCAUGCAAAAAAAAAAAAAAAAUCAUUAAAUUACAUGUAUAUUUGUGGAAUGCUAAUUUAAAUGAUUAACUUAUGAAGUGUGUAUUUAUCAAGGGGGUGCAAAGAUGAAACUUGUGUAUUAAUUAAAUUGAGCUCCGUUCAGAGAAGUUCACUUGCACUUUUUCUGGCAAGGCUACUGAAGUUACACAACUCUCCUCAUAUUUGCUACUGGCAGUGCAGACAGAAUAGCACUUGUAGAGACCUAUUUUUGUAAUGGUAGAAGUUUUGAAUUUUAUGGGUAUUUUGUCAAAAUACUGAAAUAAAGAUGACUUCAUGCUUUUAA